UCCGUCUGUCCGUCAGCCUCUUCGCGCUCCCGAGCCUCCCGCGCGCCCAGCGCUCCCGGAAAUUAUAAGUAUUUAAACAUACUCAAAAUGUGCAAAGAAGAAUAAUGGAAGCCCCUGAAUACCUUGAUUUGGAUGAAAUUGACUUUAGUGAUGAUAUAUCUUAUUCAGUUACAUCACUCAAGACCAUCCCAGAGCUGUGCCGAAGAUGUGACUCACAAAACGAAGACAGAUCAGUUUCUAGCUCUAACUGGAAUUGUGGCGUCUCAACUCUCAUUACAAACACACAAAAGCCCACAGGAAUUGCUGAUGUCUACAGCAAGUUCCGCCCAGUGAAGCGGGUUUCCCCACUGAAACAUCAGCCAGAGACUCUGGAGAACAAUGAAAGUGAUGACCAAAAGAAUCAUAAAGUGGAGUACCCGAAAGGGGAUGAUUCCGGCCAGGGAACCCAGCCUGAGGAGCUUGGCCCUGAAGAUGGAGUCGGAGGCGUGCCAGGUAAGAGCUUCGAGCCCACCAGCGCACUGGGCGAGCUGGAACAUUAUGACCUUGACAUGGAUGAGAUUCUGGACGUGCCUUAUAUUAAAUCCAGUCAGCAGCUGGCCACCUUUACCCAGGUGACUGCAGAAAAGAGAAUUUUAGGUUUAUGCACAACCAUCAAUGGCCUUUCUGGCAAAACCUGCUCUACAGGAAGCACUGAGAACUCACCAUCCACUAUGACACCAUUUUGUGUUCUUUCUCCUGUGAAAAGCCCUCACUUGAGAAAAGCAUCAGCUGUCCUCUUGGACCAGAACAAGCUCUCCACUGAAGGCUCAGAGAGCUCACCUCCUCUGAUUAAAUGUGGCUCUACAUAUGAGCCAGAAAGCCAGAGUAAAGACUUCUUAAAUAAGGCCUUUAGUGACCCACAGAGUCGAAAACUUGAGAAGACAAUGCCAGACUGCCAGCUCAGAGCCUUCCACCUGCCAUCCUCAGUGACAGAACCCAAACUAGAAGAGCAGGUCAAUGGCAUGAACUGGCCCAACUCCCAAGGCCCAGAAGAAAGGAGUGAGUAUCUACAGAAAGUAAAAAGCAUCUUGAACAUCGUUAAGGAAGGACAGAUAUCUCUCCUGCCACACCUAGCGGCAGACAAUCUGGACAAAAUUCACGAUGAGAAUGGAAACAACCUGCUGCACAUCGCUGCAUCUCAGGGGCACGUGGAGUGCUUGCAGCACCUCACCUCUCUGAUGGGCGAGGACUGCCUCAGCGAGCGCAACACUCACAGGUUGACUCCCGCAGGCCUGGCCAUCAAGAAUGGUCAUUUGGAAUGUGUACGUUGGAUGGUGAGUGAAACAGAAGCCAUUGCAGAAUUGAGUUGUUCGAAGGAUUUUCCAAGCCUUAUUCAUUAUGCAGGUUGCUAUGGCCAGGUAUGCAGUUUUUAAGUAUCUUCCCUUUGUG